ACCUACUCACUCCUCAUUCCCCACCCCAGUCGCAAAUCCGAAAUCCUCGCCUUUGCCCCCCACCGGCGCACCCCCGCCGUUCUCUCCACCGGCGGCCAUGGAACCGCAGUUCAUCAUCGGCCGCAACGUGAGCGAUUUGCAGGCUCGCAUUGAGCGCGACGGCGAGGAUCCCCGGACGCUGGACGUGGGCAUCAACCUGAUGCUCUACUUCGUGUACCACUACAUCCCUCCCCCGCCCGUCUCCCCCGCCGCCGCUUUCUCGCCCUACGGCGCGUUGUGGAUCCACCAAGGCGUCGACCGCAUCAGCCGCCUGCCCGACAAUCUCCUCCGCAACAUCGUCUCGCGCCUCCCCGUCAAGGACGCUGCGCGCACCGCUGCCCUCUCCAGGCGCUGGCGCCCCGUAUGGCUGUCGACGCCCCUAACCCUCGUCGACAGCCACUUGCUUCCAGACUGCGGCGAGGAUGGGCCGUACGCCAUCGGCGGCCCCUCUCCCCGCGCCGUCACCGCCGCGGUGUCCCGGGUCCUCGCGGCGCACCCGGGGCCCUUCCGCAGUGUCCACCUCACCUGCACCACCAUGAACGAGCACCGAGGUGAGAUGGCGCGCUGGCUCGACGUCCUCGCCGCCAAGGGCGUCAAAGAACUCAUCUUUGUCAACCGCCCGUGGCCGCUCGACCUGCGCCUCCCCACCACGCUUUUCAGCUGCACCUCUCUCACCCGCCUCUACCUCGGAGUCUGGAGGCUCCCAGACACCACCGCCGUACCGCGCCGCGCCGCCUUCCCCAACCUCCUGGAGCUCGGCAUCUGCCUCUGUGUCAUGGAGGACAGGGACCUUGCCUUCAUCCUCGAAAGAAGCCCCGUUCUGGAGAUUCUCGUCAUCACGGGAAGCCAGACUGGAGUGCGCCUCCGCCUGGUCAGUCACAGCCUGCGCUGCCUCCUACUGGGCUUUACCUACUUGGAGGACAUCGAGGUGGUGAAUGCCCCUCGCCUGGAGAGGCUCUUUCAGUCGACAACUUUUCGCGAGCCCGGUGGUAAGGGUAAGUUUGGCCGCUCCAUGAUCAAGAUUGGCCAUGCACCCAACCUGCGUAUGCUGGGAUACUUUGAGCCCGGAAAUAAUGAGAUCGAGAUUACCAAAACUGUCACUGUGGCUGGGAUCAAGGAGAAAAUUGUCCCCAGCGUCAAGAGCUUGGCCAUAGUGCUGCAAUUUGGAGUGCGCAGAGCUUUGAAGAAGGUGCCUGAUUACCUCAGAAAUUUUCCAAAUCUCGAGACCCUCCAUGUCCAGUCCUAUAAAGCUGAAGAUUCCACUGGCAAGGUCAAUCUCAAGUUCCUGCAGGAGGGCGAACCCAUUAAAUGUGUCUUGCAGACGAUGAAGAAUGUGUUUUUCUAUGAGUUCCAAGGGUCGAAAAGUGAGGUUGCAUUCCUCAAGUUCAUCGCGGAGAGAGCUCGGGUGCUGGAGAAGAUGGUGGUUGUGGUGGACAGUGAAUGUUUCUCUUCGGGUGCUAAUGUGAAUGUCAAACUGAAGCCCCUGAUAAGUGCAAAAUGGAUUAGUCAAGCUUGUAAACUUCAGCUCUUCAAGAGCCCACGCACUGAAGGGGGAGAUCCAAUGUUCUGCCACCAACUAGCAUUUGACUUUUCGUUUGCUGACCCUUUCGACCUCGUCUACUAUGACGAAUCUCUGUAAGUGUUGAAGUUAACUAGUGGCACUGUGCCUAGCUUGUAGAAGACUACUGGCACCUAUACUUUUGUCGGACUUGCAGCAACUAAAUACUUGUGUUUCAUGGGAUUUCUCUAGCACGCUGUGGCGGACGCUGUGGCAUGCUUUCAGCGAUCUCUAUUAUGCACAGUUUGUACUAAUUAAGUAUUAUGUGGAUGUAUGCUGCUGGCAGUAACAGAAUUAGAUAAUUUUUUAGGUAAGAGCUACAAUUUUCAUAUCA